GAAAUGCUGUUUGGUUUCGUAGUCGUUUCCACCUUCUCGUGCGCUGUUGACCGAGGGGUUGAUUGCGUUUCAUUUCGUGCGACGUAAAGGACUUCAACCCGAAGGUUGGGAAAGGGAAGAAGAAGAAGGAAAAAUACCUGUUUCAUUCUGGAGGAGCUUCUUUUCUCGAUCCAGGCUUAAAUUGACGGAUUGUCUUUUUGGGGACUUUUUGAUUCGCUCUGUUUGAUUCGCUCUUUUUCCAUUCGUCCAGAGCGCCGUCAUUUCAAGGCCAUGUCCCAUAAACGGACUGGUGAUGAUGCUCAGAAGGGCUUUUCUGUAGCCCGUGGGCUUUUGGGUGACUUUAGUAUGGGUGAGACUCACUCGGACCCCUACAGCUCAUCUUCCCGGUCACAUAGUGGCAUGUCUGGUCUGGUUGGAGGGGAGGAAAAAGACCACAACUCUCAGCUGCACCGCCGAGCGGGCAGCCACCUUACUACCCUUAAACUGUUCGCCAGCCUAGGUCUGUCGCCGACUGAUCUGGACGCACUGGCGCAGGUUCCAGAGGAGAACAUAUGCAUGGAGAACUUGCCCCAUCUUCUCAUGCUGCUGAAGAACCACAAGAUGGAAGCCAGCUGGGACGACAUGCAGGGCGGAAGAUUGGACUGUUCCAGUGGGCAGGCACAAAGCCUCUCACAAGGUGACUUCGGUUAUACUUCCAUGCAAGAAACAUCUGGUCGAGGGUACGACAUGUUAGAUUACAGGAGCGGUAGCGGCAGAGACCGCCAAUAUUCCGAGCUUUCCCGUGACUCCUACCGCAGCCUCGGCAUGUCAGCGUCAUCGGCAUCUGACGACCUGUUCAUGCAGAGAAGAAUGGGCACCCCGUCUCAGAGAAAAGUGCAGGAUUUCUUGGGAGUCAUGCCCCUCAUGUUUCCCCAUGUGUGCUCUCUUUGUGAUUUUGAUGUGCUCUCUGUCAUGGAAUGGACUCAACACACCACUGGGAUUCGUCACUCUGAAAACCGCAAACUCCUUCUGCAAAUGUACCCAGACUGGGAUCCUCCAAUGCCCUCUAGUCUCAUGUCGACAUCCCUUUCCCUGGACACAAAGAGUUGUUCGGAUGGAUUGCUGGGAACAGAUUCAAUUGGUGGUGGACUACAGAGAACAGGGAUGAGCUCUAACUGGGGGUCUGAUUCCAGUAUGGGAAUGACAAGUAAAAGGACGUCAUAUUCAGCGGCACCCAAGAUAAAAAGUAGGGUGAUCGUGUUAAAAUACGAAAGGAAACCGAAGUUAACAAACAGCCUGUUUGACUUGGCAAAGCCCUUUGGCACCAUCUGUAAGCAUCUAGUGCUGAAGAACAUGAACAAGGCUUUCCUGGAGCUGCAGACUCAUGAGGAGGCUUUGGCCAUGGCUAAUUAUUACAAGCGUAAACCAGCCAUUUUGAAUGGAAAAGAGAUACAAGUUUAUUUAUCAAAGGAACUGAUGGCAAUUAAGAAAAGUGGAAGGCCGGACAGAGACACUAGGAUCAGAGAGAAGAAAGACGUCAGCAAGGUGGUGUUUUUCUGUAAUUUGCCACGGGACAGUGACAAGAAAAAGGAGCUCCUCACAAUAUCUCGUAGAUUUGGCACUGUUGAGAAACAUUUCUUUCUAAAUAAAGAUGCUUAUGUUCAAAUGAGCAAGGCUGAGGAUGCAGAGAUGUUGGUGAAGUACUACACUGCCAAUCCAUUGACUAUCAAUGGAAGAUCCAUUCGACUGAACAUCUGCUCGAAGUAUAAGACUCUAACGGUCCCACCAGGAAAUGGCGACCAAGGAAGGGAAGAACCUUCCCGGAAGAGCAGGGAUAGCAGGGAUAGCAGGAAUAGCAGGAGUAGCAGGAGUAGCAAAAGUGCCACCAGCAGAACUACUGAUAAACAUUCAUCAAAGAAUCAAAGGUCCUCUACUUCCAAAGCCAAAGAGAGCUCUGAUGAGAAAGAAGAGGAACCAAAGCCUGAGGAGGCAGAGGCCGUGGGCGACGGGUCAGGAGAUGAUGAAGCUGAUGUUAUGGAAGCAUGUGAUGAAGAUGAAGAGGAGUUUGAUGAAGAUGCAUCUCCAGAUGAUGUUGACCUAUCCUGUGAUCCAGAGCAAACAAGUGAACAAGCACCAGAUAUUGAUGAUUCCAACAUAGAGGAUGAGGAGGACCCUGAAGCACAGCAAGCCAGAGAUCCCUCCAGCGACGAGACCACAGAGAACCAAAAAGACUCUGGUGAAAAACAGGAAGAGACUCAGCCGGAGGAACCUGCAACAUCUGAGGCUGAGCAGGAGAACACAGAUGAGCUUCCUAAAGACCUCGAGGAACAGAAUGAUGACCAACCUGAAGAUGAGGGUGCUGAAGAGGACGAUGAAGAGCAGGAGGGUCAAACCGAAGAUGACUUUCCUGAGAACAUGGAUGAGUUUGUUACUCUGGAUGAGCUAGUGGAGGAGGAGGAGAACGCUAAGAGACGAGACUCAAAGUCCAAAGCUAAAAACACAUCAGAAAGCUCCAGGGAUAGUAGAGGAUUUAGAGUUGUGAAUGUCGUUGGGUUUAAACGUGGCCACGGUUAUGUAGAUGAAAUCCUUACUCUUGCCAAGCCUUUUGGUAAAGUGGUGCGGCACCUGGUCUUGGACGUGAGGCCUGAGGCCUUUUUGCAGUUCUCCAAAGAAAAAGAGGCAAGAGAAAUGGUUAGUUUCUACACUAGGAAUGCCUUACCAUCUGUGUGUGGAAGACCUGUGAGAGUUUAUCAUUCACACACCUAUGCAACCAUCCAGAGUGGCAGAGUUAUCUAUGUUGGUAAUGUUCCAACCUUCAAAGGCUCAGAUGCUUUACUUCUGAAAAUUGCAGAACCAUUUGGAAAAAUCAGGAAAUAUUAUCUAAAUCGAUUACGCAAUGAGUGCUUCAUUGAGAUGGAAAGAGGGGAAGAUGCUGAGAAAAUGGCAGAGGCCUACAAGUUAAAGGGACCUAAAUUUGAAGGUAGACGACUGGUUGUCUAUGUAAGCAGGAAAUUUAAGCAGCUCAAACGUGGACAUAGGCCUCCAACCCCAGAACCCGAGGAUAAACGGCCACUCAAGAGAGAACACUCCAAAGAAGAUGAGGCACAGAGGAACUCCUCUGGCAAAAGUAAGGACAAAAAAGAGGAAGAACCUUCUGUCAAGAAGAUCAAAGUGGAUGAGCCUGUUGCUGAUAAAGCUGAGGAGAUGGAGAGUCAGGAAGAGAAGGAAAGCCAAAAUGUUUCUGCAGAAACCGUUCCUGAGGAAAAGAAAGAGCAAGAGGAGGAACAAAGCAAAGACACAUCAGAGCUCCAGAAUAUAGAGACCGAACCUAAGCCUGAAGAUGAAGAAACUGUUGAUUCUUCCACUGUUGUGUCAGAGAAGAGUGUGAAGACUGAGGAAACAAACAUUACAGCAGCACCGUCUGAAACAAAGCUUGAAACUAGCCAUUCUACUCUAGAGCCAUAUGAUCCUAAAGUCCCAGUGGGUGUGGAGUUUGUGAAGAUGGGGUACUACUGCAGAGUCUGCUUCCUGUUUUACUCUAAUGAGGACACUGCUAAGAAAAUUCACUGCAGUAGCCAAGCACACUACGAUAAACUUAAGAAAUAUUUGGAAAAGGAGAAAACCAAAGCACAGAGUAACGGGACGAAGAAAUGAACCAUUGAUGCUGGAUCUGUUAAUAUGUCCAUUAUGUCCCUGUGUUUGUGUUUUCUUGUGUAAACUGUUUUGUUCAGUAUGUUUAUUUUUUUUCUAAAAAAAAAAAAAAGAAAAAAGAAAGAUUAGACUGAGGUAUUGCUUUUUUUAAUGUGGUAAUUAAAGCUGGUGUAUUCAUAAAUUCCUAGCUGUUCUGACAUAGCAAUUUAGAUGUCAAGUUUAACACAUUUUAUGCCUAAAUUGCUACAACUGUUUUUGUUUUUCCUUUCUUUUAUUAAAUUUUCAGCAUUCCUCA